CAGUUCCACAUGGUGGACUGACGCUGCAGGAGCCGGACAUUGCUCACUGGAUAUUUCUGAGAAGCCAGCCUGAAUGACUUUUCUCACCUGUUUUCUUCUCUGAGAAGGGUGAUCUCUCGUCAUGUGACAGAAGACUCGGCAUCGUCUGAAUCUGCCAGUUCUCUGCUGACUUCCUCGUGUCCUCUGCAAAGCUCCAUUUUUGCCAUUGAACUGUGCCACAGAGUUACUGUGGUGUGUUAUGUUCGCAACUCCAGGCCCGCUGAUGCCAGUCCUUCAAACUCCAAAAAGCACUGACCACUCUGACUACAACAUGCUGCACACUCAGGAGGUGAGAGCACAUGCGCUUGCCGCUCAGCAGCCCUCCUCAUGCGUGUACACCCAGCACCAACACAUGCAUCAGCACAUUCACCGGCACACCUUCACUCCCGUGCUUCACCGUUGCCCCACCAUCUUACCUGCUCCAUCUGUAAUGGGGACCCAGGACGAUGAUCUCAUUCAGCCGCAGUCCAGACAAACCCCAAAGCCGCCCUCUUUCACCUCCUUUGCUGCCGUCCACAAAACCUCACAGGGCAGCAUCCAACCAAAGAAACAAAGGAGGUGGGGUGCAAUGCAUGUCUGCAUUGCAUGGCAGAUCUAUUACCAUAAGCAAGUCAAGAAAAUGCAGGUUAAACCUCAUAAUCUUCACCAAGAACUGGUGCCUGAGUUUCCAUCUGCCAUCAGUCUAACUGAUAUAAUGCAGCAGCACAAGGAAUUAGUCCAAUCCUCCUGCAUCUGCUCCAGUCUAGAAUCUCCCCGUGGACAGUCUCAACAUGAAAAUGUAGGAAUAAACUUCACGGAAAUGAGUGGGACAAUAAAAAAAGAGGAAAAUAUAAGCCAGUGCAGCAAAACUCAAUCCCCUGACCAGUGUUACAGACAAUCACCAGCGCCUCAGCACAGGCAUCCAAUCAAGAGGGAGAAACUCGACUGGGACAACUGGGGACAGUCGAGUAAUCAACGCUGGCACAAAACAGAAUUAAAAAUGGAUGAAACGCGAAGUGAGAAGAAGAAUGAGGAACUGAUGAUGAUUCCCAAGGCUUUUCCUCUUCCAGAGAAGUCUGUGCACUUGACACUGACUCCUGAAACGCACAGUGGGAGUCAUAAAUGUGAACCAGGUGACCGGAAAAGACAGCUUGAGUGUGGAAGCCAUGUGCAUGUGAAGAGGCUGAAGCAGGAAGUGGGGGAAGAUGACCAGCAUGAUUCAUCCAAGAAACUGCAACCUCAUCCAGCCUUAAGCGAUCCGUUUCCAUCAAGACAGACUCACACUUCAUGUUCAGAUCCACCCUUGAGCACCAUGCCAGAGAAGCAUAUUGCCUUAGUGGAUGACAUGGCUGCUCUGUACUCUGUUGGUAACACACGUCAUGUGGCCAGGACAUACAACACCACGCCUGGAGGGAUCAUCUCCUACCCAGCAGCUGGACAGUAUCCUUACCCAGUUCCAUCAUGGGAAGCGUUCUGGGAUGUACACAGGAAUAAGGACCCAUCCAACAAGAGAGGUUACUUUCUAAAUCGUGAAGUGAUCAGCAUGCCCGACGCAGCAUGGUGGCUCAGAGACAAAGCGUUUCAUUGCAUCCCUCCAGCACACGUUCCUUUCCAUGUUGCUUUGAGGCAGCAGGAGGAUGUCUGCCUCAGAGGCCGACAGUUUCUGCACUCCCUCCGCGAGAACUACCAUCCCUACCGUUCUGUCUCCAUGGGUCCUCUCCAUCAGUCUGGCCCUCUGACCUCUGUCUAUCCAGCGCCCCACGUGUCCAACGGGAGCUUGACACACCAGAGGCUGGCUACGUCUGCAAGAUUUGCCCGUUUGUGUCCAUAAACUCUCUCCCUCUCACUCUGGUCUGCUCUUUAGUAAAAUGGAGCGCCACAUUCUGUUAUGAUUCCCUUGUUAAACUGGUUGUGUGCCCAGGUAUAUUAAGAUGCAUGACAGAAGUGCUGUGAAAAGAAAUUUAAUGUCAUAACAAAAAUCAAGAUAUGGAUAUACAAAAAAAAAAAAAAAAAA